AUGUUGUGGGUAUUGGUUCUUGCCCUUCCCUUUGUAAAGGUGAAUUCACUCAAGGAUGACAACCUGGAUUCUGAGUGGGAGUUGUGGAAAAAAAAUUAUAACAAGCAAUAUAACAGCCAGUUAGAUGAGCUCAAGAGGCGCUUAAUCUGGGAGAAGAACCAUAAAUUCAUUGCGCACCACAAUCUUCAGCAUUCCCAAGGUCUUCACUCCUUUGAAGUGGCCAUGAACCAUCUAGGAGAUCUUACUAGUGAAGAAGUUGUUCAGAAGAUGACAGGGUUGAAGGUUCCACCCAAUCAUCAGCCCAAUAAUACCUUUGUUCCUGAUAGGACAGCUCGGAUCCCAGAGUAUAUUGACUAUAGAAAAAAAGGAUAUGUCACCCCAGUGCAAAAUCAGGGUUACUGUGGAUCAUGUUGGGCCUUCAGUUCAGUGGGUGCCCUUGAAGGACAACUGAUGAAGAAAACAGGGAGUAUUGUUUCCCUCAGUCCUCAAAAUCUUGUGGACUGUGACACAGAUAAUUAUGGAUGCAAUGGAGGAUACAUGACCAAUGCGUUUGGUUAUGUUCGCGACAAUGGAGGAAUAGACUCAGACGCUUCCUAUCCAUACAUAGGACAGGAUGAAGGUUGUCUUUACAAACCAUCUGGUAAAGCUGCCGGCUGCAGAAGUUACAAGGAGAUUGCCAAGGGAAGCGAGCAGGCCCUAAAACGGGCAGUGGCUCAAGUCGGUCCUGUGUCAGUCAGCAUUGAUGCCAGUCUCCCCUCCUUCCAUUUCUACAAUAAAGGAGUGUAUUAUGACAGAAACUGUGAUUCAGAGGGAAUUAAUCACGCAGUGCUUGUGGUUGGGUACGGGAACAGGCAAGGAAUAAAACACUGGAUCAUAAAAAACAGCUGGGGCGAUCAGUGGGGUAAUAAGGGCUACAUACUUAUGGCACGAGACAAGAAGAACGCCUGCGGCAUUGCAAACUUGGCCAGCUUCCCCGUGAUGUGAGCAGAAGAACACAAACAACAGAGUGCAAGCUGUCUACUCCUCUACGUCAAUGUGGUUUUGUCACUAAGUACAUGACUGCCUUUGCAUGUCAUCACUUCUCAUUAUAAUUCUGUGCACUCGUCCCUUUCAUAUCAUUGCCUAUUCCACUAUGGUACUGAUUCUAUACUGCCAGAGCAAUUAUAUUUCAUUCAGCCAUGUAUUAUUUUCCAGAUUGUCUUUUAAAGAAUUUAAACAGGGAUGUUUCUAACCAUUUUUAUGAUGGCCCAAGAAACAACUAAAAAGUAAAAAAAUUUGUAGAGAUGUUUUGUUUUCUAAACAUUCUUUGAUAUUUGAAUUUCUAACUUUCCAACAGCCAAAAGAUCAUUUGGGAGUACAUCUUGGAAAUAUCUUUCUAUCUCAUGUUUAUGUUCUUAAGUGACUAUAUAUUUGAAAAUUACAUGUUUUAAUUUGUCACAGCAAGUCAUUUUAAGACCCUGCACCUUUGUGGGGGUUAAAAACAUAGUAGAAGUACCACAGAGAACUGCUGGGUUGUGUGGCUAAGGCCGCUAAUUGGCUCAGCAGAAGUUUCUGCUUGGGACCAGUAGUGUUUUACAUACAUUUUAUGUACAACCAACUAAAACACGGGACUCUCAACUUUGCAACCUUUGUUGCUAAAGGAUACUGAGAUAUUAGGUAAAUAUUUUAGACUAUGUAGGAAGAAAUUGCUAUAGAAAUGGCAAUAAUAAUGAAUAAACUCGAUUUUAUUUAAUUCAAAA